AUGAUGGCUACCCCUGUGGUUCACCGUGUUUCAGAAUGCUUCAUCAAGCCGCAACACUCCCCCGAAGAAUCAAACCAAAUAUGCUAUUUAACACCUUGGGAUAUUGCUAAGUUCUCAACACACUAUAUCCAGAAGGGUCUGCUCUUCACGAAGCCCUCACCGCUCGUUAAUCAACAAGUUUUCAUUCAGAAUCUAUUGAACAAACUAAAACGUGCCCUUUCUCUUACCCUCUUCCAUUUCUACCCUUUGGUUGGCCGCUUUGUCACCCUCAAAACCCAUGAUCCUCCCUUCUAUGCUGUUUUUGUUGAUUGCAAUAACAGUCCCGGAGUUAGAUUCAUCCAUGCAACUUUGGACAUGACCAUAUUCGACAUCCUCUCCCCCGUUGAUGUCCCACCCAUUGUUCACUCAUUCUUUGAUCACCACAAAGCAGUUAAUCACGAUGGUCACACCAUGCCCUUGAUGUCCAUCCAAGUCACUGAAUUAGUUGAUGGUGUUUUCGUAGGUUGUUCCAUGAACCACGCUCUUUGUGAUGGCACUUCUUAUUGGAAUUUCUUUAAUACAUGGUCUGAGAUCUUUCAAGCUCAAUCUCAAGGGCACGAAUAUGACUUUCCCAUUUCACACCCUCCCAUUCUCAAACGCUGGUUUCCAGAGGGUUGUGAUCCAUUAAUCAAUCUUCCCUUCAAACAUCAUGAUGAGUUUGUUAGUAGAUUUGAAGCACCCUUGUUGAGAGAGAGAAUAUUCCACUUUUCAGAAGAGUCAAUUGCAAAGCUAAAAGCAAGGGCCAACUCAGAGUCCAACAGCACCAAAAUCUCUUCAUUCCAAUCCUUGGCAGCACAUGUUUGGAGAUCCAUAACACGUGCUCGUGGACAACCAUAUGGAAAGAGAAUCAGAUGCUACUUCACCGCAAACAACAGAACAAGAAUGGAACCGCCUCUGCCUCGGGAGUAUUUUGGAAACUCAAUUCAAGGGUUGGUUGUUGAGACAACGGUAGGGGAAUUGCUUGAACAUGAUUUGGGAUGGGCAGCAUCAAAGUUGCAUUCGGCUGUUGCAAACUAUAACGACAAAGCAGUGCAACAAACGGUUAAGGAUUGGCUACAGUCUCCUACUGUUCAUCAAACACAUCUUCUCUAUGACCAGUACAGUGUGUUGUUGAGUAGUUCACCCAGGUUCAACAUGUACGGGAAUGAGUUUGGAAUGGGGAAAGCAGUGGCAGUUCUGAGUGGGUAUGCCAACAAAUUUGACGGAAAAGUGACGUCAUUCCAAGGAUAUGAAGGAGGGGGGAGCAUAGAUUUCGAAGUGUGUCUUCUGCCAGAAACCAUGUGUGAGUUAGAAUCAGACAAUGAGUUCAUGAGUGCUGUUUCUGUGUCUAAGUCCAAUCUUGUGUAGUGUGUGCUACUAGUUUGCCCUUUGUGCCUGUUCUUUCCCAAUAAGAUAAAAAAGCCUUCAAAGAAAUCAAUGGAAUUGUAAUAUCAUUGGGUGGUCAAACGAGACCGACUUAUUGCAAUAAAAUUGUCUAAGUAAU